UUUAUGCACAGCCUUUGGGGAGUGUGCGACAACCACCGAGGCCUACGCUAAGCGGGUUGCGGCCAUCAUCCUCAUCACACCAUCACAGCGCACGAUCGCCGGAUUAGUCGUAAGUGCUCUUUCACGGUUUAGUCACGGUGCGACAGUAUCCCUAUACCUGUGGGGACAACAGUGUGGAGACGGCAUUUGACGAAGUUGCGCAAAACCAUCGCCAAGGCCACUCCUCCCCCACCAGACCAGACAGUCAGUCAGACGGUGUGCAAGCGGAACGAAUCACCAGCGGAAGAUCAGCGGAAGCCCCAACAGACCAAGGCGAAGUAGUGCAUCAUCUUGAGGCGCUUGAUGCAUUUUCAAAGCUCGAGUCAUUGAAAAAAACGGAAGAACAGUUCGACGCCAAACUAGGAGCCGGUGCAGUCUCGAAGGUAACGGACUCACCUCGGAGGUCCUCGAGGAAGCAGAAAGUGUGCGAUUGCGAAAGUGCAGUAACCGGCACCCUUGUCCAAGUCCUUUUUCCUAGAAGGAACAGGAACAUAGUAGGCCCGUUGACGACGCCACACCGAGACACCGAAGUUCGGAUCUUUUGCAACGCAAUCGGUGACGCAACUUCAAGGACCCGCCACCCGUUGCACACCCAGAGCCAAGAUCCGUGCCGCAGAGGAGCACCACAGAGGGCCUACGACCCGGUGAAAGUGAUGUAAUUCGCUCACGCUCACUCACGAUCGAUUGAACGGGCCAGAGAACGACCGGUGCGGUGUACGACAGACUGGAGCUUUCUUCAACCUUCACAGCUAUGUAGCAGGACCGGCGGUGCAGCAACAGCAGCAGCAGCACCAGCAGCAAGGUGAUUCCUUUCGACCGCAGCACGCAGCACGCAUGAUUCAUUGCAGAAAGCAAACUCCGCCUUCGAUAACUAAUGGACUCCACCCCUCACGGUACGGUCUCCGUGGUAAAUGUCAAUCAAUCUUCUAAGUUCCUGGAGUGCUCGAGAUGCGUUAGCUAAUCAGGCACCGCUUUGGCCGCUUUGGGGUUUGCCGGGAUCCGCAUGUAACAAUCGAUGUGCCGCACGUGUGUGCGUGUGUGUGUUGUGCAAUUUUGCGUUUAGAGCACGUGUUGUGUUGGGCGGUGUGCGAGUGAGAAAAGUGCAGAGUGCAUUUAAGUACCAGCUAAACUGUAUGCUGCCAAAUACCGAUUUCGGGCAUGUUUGCUGUUGAGAAUCAACACCCAAUUGCCAAGUCCUAACACUAGACAAGACAACCUCCUUCUCAUCAGCAGCACCAGCAGCAGCAGCACAAAGAAAGAAGUAGUAAAGUGACGAUUGUGUGCUUUUUUGUGCGUGCAAGUGUGUAUUUUCGUCGUAAAUAAUUGUGUGUGUGUGCCCGUGACGUAGUACUGUGUGCUCAAGCGCUUGUCGUGUUGCGACGACAAAAAUCAGACGAAACCAUGAGCCUCAACACCUUUAUGCAGAUGACCAACAGCUGGGAGGCAGCUCGCGCUUCGCUAGGCUCCAACACCACUGGGAGCAGUAAUCCAGCCAACUCCAACCAGCACCAACAGCAGCAGCAGCAGCAGCAGCAAUCGAAGCAACAAAAAUAUUUUUCACCGUCAGCGGUUGUAGCGGCCCCAUCCGGUAGCGGUGGUGGUGGGGGAAGCUAUAAUUAUUUCGAUAGUUCCUUCAAUGCCAAUGCCACCAUCGAUCGGGCCAACCGUCGGCUUCGGCGGGCUGGGUAUGCCAACCGGAGCUUUAUGUAUCAUGGCGAAUAUCCCGGGCCCCAUGAAGAUAUUUUAGCGGAGGGUUUCGGUGAUAUGGUACUGUCUUCGAGCGGUACGGGACGUUUGCCGUACUUCGUCGAACCAACCUACCGCUCGCUAGAGUACGAUCGACGACAACGACGAAGGCACAGCGUCCAUCAGCUGGCGAACAACAUUAACAACCCAUCGAAGCUGGAUGAUCUGCGGCACCGAUUCGAUGAGUAUCACUCCUCCGCCGCCCUACCAAGAGGCGCUUACUACGGAUAUUACACGCUCGAGCGAAACAAAAAACUGCCACGGCCAAUACCGAACGCACCGCUGCAUGGUGGCGUUGUCUACGGGAAACCGUCACUAUUCAACCAAAGUGCCGUGCGGUACAGCGGCAGCCGAUCGCUCGAUCGUUACCUGGUCGAAGAGGAACGAGAGCAACCGAAGGGCCCAAAACGGGGUUCGCGUUCAUCACAGGGCUCUACGGAUAGUAAUAAUAGUUCACAUAGUGCAUCAUCCGGGUCGCUACUGCUGACGGUAGCAAACCUUGAGAACUUUGCCAAAAUACACCGUAAAUCAGGAAUCGCAGGCAGCUCGAAGGAUGGGAGCCGUACACUGGAGAAAUAUCUUGCUUCCACUCUGGACCUCGUACCACAGCGUGGGACGAUCGGGCGUCGUUCCCGGUACAACAGCAACAUACUGCUACCGCACAACGAUGAGGAGGAAGAGGAUCUCGAUGAGGAUGGCGGAAGAGUUCAUCCGG